UUUAUAGAAACAACCUGCGUAUCGAAUAUCACAUUACACAUAUGCAUACAUACAAACAUAUGAAUCUUAUACACAUUAAACUAGGAAAUAUACACUCACAACACGAUGAGCUGAAUCUUACAGGAUCAAUUUUGAACACAAUGUCCGAUGAAAACGAGAUUGACUGGGCACUUUUACCCUCUGAUGUGAUCGUCCACGUAUUUUCGUUCCUAAAUACACGUGAUCUGAAUCACGCAGCACGUGUUUGUCGCACGUGGAACGAAGCUUUCGCUCAUCCAACUUUGUGGCAGACUUUCGAAGCCUGGUUCUUUCUACCGUCGCACAUUUCCUACAUCGAGGGUGCCAAGAAGUAUGGAAAAUAUAUGAAAAAAGUUUUUAUUGGUGUAAACCAAAUGCUAACUCACAACCGUCAAAAUGCUUGUGCUUUGUUAGAAAUUCUCUCAAGAAUCGAAAGACGUCGUUUAACAUAUCUAAAAAUAGCUUUCACGGGUGAAAAUCCACUAUUUUACUCCGGACAAGAAUUUCUUGAUGGAUUAAUUAUAUUGUUCUCGAAAGUUUCGGAUAAUCUAGAGGCACCUUUAACCACACUGCAGCACGUGGACUUAAGUGGACUGGCCGUACCUAUUGACGACCGGGUAAUAGACGCACUGUCCGAGAACCACAGGGGCUUGAAAUACUUAGAUAUUCAAAAUAAAGUAAUAAUCAGCAAAACGACGUCGGAUUGUAUUCUAAGACUUGUUGAAAGAUGUAGAAAUUUGACGGACCUCCGACUGUACUACUGUAGUAUAUCAAACGAGGUUUUAGAAGCGUUUACUGACGAUAAUAGAGCCGACGUUGAGCAUAUAUCAAUAAUAUGCCGCCGGGAGGUAAAAUUUGGGUACGAAAUCGAGACGGAGGCGUGGGAAGAUCUCACAGAACGUGUUCCCACGUUACGUGUCACCCUUGGUUUCGAUCAUACGUGCCCGUAUCCGUUAAUAGCGGCAAUACUGAAGCCUGUGAUACCAGUACGAACAUUAAAGUUAGAAACAUUCGCCAUCUGCCAUGAAGAAGUUAAUUUAGCAGCGGUGUUGUAUAGCAAAACUCUUGAGAAAUUAGUCCUGCAAACAAGGAACUCUUUAGAAUUGGAGGCGGCUUUAAUAAAGGUUGCUAGGUCUUGUACAUUAUUGCGUUCGUUAUUAGUGUACUGUGUUGUUAGACAAGAGACAAUAGAUGAGAUAUUUCGAUUACACCCUGAUAUGCAAGAACGUGGAACUUAUAUACUAAAAACAGAAGUUGAACCGGAACCUUGGGUUGUAGGGGUCGAAGAGGGUGACUGAAUUAAUUAUGUAGAAUCUCAGAAUUCGCAUUCUCUUUUUUAUCCUUUUUUUAUUUAU